GAUGAGGAAAAAAGUAUUAUGGGCCAGGAUUCGUCCAUUUUAGUUCAAAAUCUGAGACAAAAUCUAAGGUAUUUCGCACAGACUGGAAGCAGUAGUAAAGAAAAUAACCAAAGCAGUGUAGGCGAUGUAGGAAAUGCCCUUGGACUGCAUGCUGACCUGGGAAAGACGCCUGAAAAAUGUCCAUCAGUAGCUGAAAUUGCGUACGCUGAACUUGCAUCUAAAGUCGACAUGCUCACAUCGAUAUUGCAACCUUUGCAGAGUCUAGCUGUCUUAUCUGAAUCGCCCCUAAAUAUUGAUAGAAUGAACCUCAUGAUGUGCAGUGGUACUGAUAGACUCCAUUUCGACCGAAGUACACAAUCGAGUACGCUGUUCACGCAAUGCGGUGGUUUUUAAUGUGCCAGACAAUUUACCAUUAAAAACUUCGGAAAGUGCUUCUCACUGCAUGCGGUAUGCAAUCUUGUUGGUCCAGCUGCAUCAGACUACGCAAAAAUGUGAUGCGUUACGCGUGUUCUUUAAUUUUCCAGUUUCAAAAUGAACUUAUUGCUAAACAAUUCAUUCAA